UCUGUAUUCAGUUCGCGUCCACAUUUCUUGCGGAAUGUUGUGUCUAUGUUGUGUGGCAUUUACGAGUGAAUACGCGUACUUGAUUACGAAAUUUUAUCAACAUUCUUUUACUAGAAGAAGUAUUUGAUAAUAUCUAAGUGUAAAAAAUUGUGAUAUGAACUGUUUGGACAGUAGCGGAUUGAUUUACUGUACAUUGAUAGUAUUUUGAAAAUAAAGGAUGUCCAAUUUUAAACGAUCGAGGAGCAAAGUUUGGUGGGGCGAUACCCCGCCGAAUGUUGGCAGCCCUGUCGCCCAACCAGCCUGGGAACAACGUCGUGAAGAUCAAGAUUGGGAACCGCAGCUACCGCAUUGGAUCGCUAAUCAGGAACAAAAAAAUAAUAGCGUUGAUAAUAUAGCCAGGGCCAACGUCCCCAAUAAUUGGCCACUUCGACAUGGCAGCCCUGGAAGCCAUAAGAGUCAAGAUUCUGGUUUCUCAGACUCCGAUAAUUCUCCCCCUGUAUCGCAGUAUUAUUCUUCGCCUGAUAAUUCAGAGUUAAAUAAAUCAACGUGCAGUAGUGAUUCCAAUAAUAAUGAGAAUAUAACAGUUAAACAGGCGAGUGAUUUUCAGAACUCUUCGCAAAGUAAGGACGAGUUUGAUGGUUUGAAAUAUUUAGGUACUCCUACGCCAAAACCGCGCUUGCGAAGUAGCAGUGUUAUACAAACACCUUACGAUCUACAAAAGUACUGCGAAGUCCAUCAUGAUGAGGAACAUCUUGAGUUGUUAAAAGAUCCUAUAACUGAAAGUUCCAGCCCCAACAACGUCAAUGAUAAAUCCAAAAAUCAAUGUUAUAACAAAACCCCGAAUAAAAAUAAAAACAUAAAGAAUUCUUUUACCCCGAAUAAUGUUAGCAAUAAGGAAAAUAAAUUAAACUCGAGUGCAAUACAAAAUGAUACCAAAGAUGUACCAAGCAAAAAUUUAAAUCUUAUAAGUCCCUCGAAAAAAUAUCCUCCUAAGAAGUUUAUCUCUAGUACUAACACCGAUAAAACAAAUAUAAGUAAAGUUGCCAAAGUGAAAGAUUUAGAUACAAGCAAAAAUAAAACAGACGAGAGCUUAGAGUAUAUAAAACUAGCACACAAUAAUGAAAUUGUUGUUAAUAACCAGCCAAGGGUACGCACGCCGAUUUCAAAUAUAUCUUACGUGCCUACUGAAAGAAUUUUAGCGACAAAACCUGAAUACCAUAGAAGUAUGUCUAAUGAGGACAGCUUACCAAUUUCUAGUACACCAAAAUUCCAAAGAAAUAGGUUAAAUAAAUCACUUAAUUUUGAGGCUCAAAAAUUGGACCAGCAGAUAUUAGAUAUUCAGGAAGGCUACCAUUCCCUUGGUUAUAUUGAUGAAGAUGAAACCCCCCAGGAAGACCACUUAAAACAGGAAAUACAUAAACCUUCUAAAGCCAUAUUAGGCAUAAAUAUAAUGGAUAGCCUUAACUUAAAGCCAACUAAGAAGCCGGGCCCAAAAGCAAAGCAAAGGAUGACAAAGGAUAAAUCCAGAGACCUUUUGAAAUUUUUGACCUCCAGAAAAGACAAGCCUGUCGCGCAAACUUUAGCAGGAGGUAUUCUAGAUGGAAGCAGGGUUCCAUCAUUGGGACUUCCGAGAACAACUGAACAAAACUCUUGGGUAAUCGUUGGCCCUCCAGAAAAAGAGAUGCUGAUUCCUCAUUACAAUGAAAGGCUUGUUGAUUCACAAAGCGAUAAUAAAUCAAAAGCUGAAUAUGAGAACAGCUACAAAAAUGGAAAACUAACACCACCGUUACAAUUCCAAGAUAAACAAAAAGCACCAUAUGAAGUAAACACAAAGGCAAGUAAGGUGUUAACGCACGAUUCCAAACGGGAAAAGUUAAAAGAAGGAGAUUUAAAUUUCAAUGAUUUGCGAUUAGAUUUAGCAUGUACAUCUACACCAAAAAUGCUAGCACCUAACGAUUAUAUGAAUGGUAUACGUAGUAGUAAUAAAAAGAAUUCAAGAUUGAACUUAUUAGAAAACUUCAACAGCGGAUUGGUAUUGAACAAACAGAACGAGAUAUUGUACCGGGAAAGAAGUAUAGAUCAGACAACGCUAGAGAGACUCUGUGAAAGAAAGCCGGAAGCGGUGCAGUAUUGGCUGUGUGAGCUCGUGGGCUCGUGCGAGAAUGAGUGUAUGACGACGCUGCAGAGUAAGCCAUUAGGGGCUGAAAUGAAAGCUCUGGUAUCUGCUAGCUCAGCAACCAUCACUGGCAACAUCAAGAAGGUUCAGACCCACGGACAAAUCAUCGUUCAUCAGUACAGUGACGUUUUAAGGCAAAUGGAAUCUGAUGCCACUAGCGAAGAACAGAUAUGCUUGCUAGUAGCAAACAUAAACGAGUUCGUGCUAGCUCAUAGCAUCACGCUGAACACUAAACCUCCUGGAGAAACUCCUGAACGAUGGGACAAAAUCAAGAUGUCCCUACAAGUGUAUCUGCAGAAACUCAUCGAUAUCGGCGAGGACGUGAAGAUUGAGCUCAACGAAAGUAAACCAGAAUGGCAUUUAGUUGAAAAACAUCUGGAUACUUUGAUUGGGAUAUUCCUGGAGACCACUAAAGCGGUGCUUGUCCAGCAAAUGAAGACCUUAGUAUCAAUUAUCGAAGAGCCACCGUCAGACAUGAUCUUGAAGAGCACCUUGACUUCCAUCGGUCAUCUUGCAAUGCUCAGCGAACCAAUGGAAUCCAAUCUUCACGAUAAAUGCGAAAAGAUCAUUAAGAGCAUCACAGAGUUACCGUUCGUUGACUGCGGAGUCCCGAGGGCGCUUUUGACUGCUGUCAUCGAGAAUAACAAGAGUUCCGUUAAGGCAUUGUCCCUGAGGGCGUUGGCUACAGUCUGCGUCACUGCGGAGGCUGUCAAACAGUUUGAAGAGGGAGGAGGAAUAGAAAUCCUAUCAGACAUAUUGGCCGACGAGUCGAACCCUGAACCCCAGAUGCGCGAAGCAAUAACCGUGCUAACGCAGAUCACUGCUCCCUGGCUUCGAGGACAUUACGACUUGACACAACUGCAUCUAUACCUGAAUUCCAUUGUGGAUCACAUUACUGGUAUACUAUACCGCACUGAAUGUUGCCAGCUUCUGCUUCUAUGCACGGCAUGUCUCGUCAAUUUGGUCAGAGAACUGGAACUCGAGGAGAAUGAACACAAGUCGAAUAUCAUUGAAGUAUUGUGUCGACACCGGACUGUGGAACGAUUGCUGGACGCGGUGAAACGACGAGGACCCAAUAUCUCCGUGUUUUUACAGGAACAGACCGCGUCCCUCCUGGCGUCACUAUCCCGGGUGUCCCGCUGUGUGCUCCAUCUGGCAUCCCUGCCGACCGCGAGCGUGGCGCUAGUGUGCUUCGUGCGAGCCGCACCCGCACACGCGCCGCGCGCCGCCGAGUUGCGGGCGCAGCAUCGCCUGCAUUGUCACGCCGCUGAGGCUAUAUCUAGACUCGUCGUGGUAUCAGAAGUUGCCCAGCAAAUAAUUCAACUAGAAGGCAUUCCGCAUCUUAUCCGACUGGUUAGAAUGCAGAGAACCCGACCUCACGUUGAAACUAAUCCGGACCAAACACUCAUACAUUGCUUGAAGGCACUCCGUACUAUAUACAAACAUCAUACAGAUGCAUUCAAAGAUUAUGAAAAGGAUGUCGGUGAGAUGAUUCGACCUCAUUUAAUGGAGUCACUUAUGUUGUUCUCGGCGAAACAAGAAAGUUAUGUGUGAUCCUAUGGUUCUUUGAACUAUUCAUAACUGCUUGUUUCCGCGCCAUCUAGUGUGGAGUAGGUAGUACUAUACCGUAUCCUUGAUUCAUACUUUUUACAUGGAUUUGACUAGCUAUGUAUAUGCAUAAAUAGCUAAAACAUAAAUUAAUAUAGACUGGAUGUUUGACAGAUGUCAAACUAAUUUGAUACUUAUGUUUAUCUGUAUCACGACACGUUUUUUUUUUAAUUUUGUACUGUGAGUGGUAAUAGGUAACUGAUACGUUUACGUAAGUCCCUGUAAAAUCAUUUCAAUGAUUCUGAACGCUUUUAAAUUAAUUGAUAUCAAUUAUAAAUAAAAUCUGUUGUAAUUAAAGACUAAGCUCAAGCAUUCGGUGAAGUUGGGGUGAAUACACUUUUCCCUUAGAAGUAUAUGAAGUAUAUUGAAUUUUGAUAAAUUAAAUUAAAUAUAUUUUUAUAUAUACUUCAUUCAUACAUUGUCCCAGUCUCACUGCUAGAAGAUGUGACGAAUGACAUCAAAUGUAAUGUAAUACAUUCCAUUUUUAUAUCAUGUAUAUUUAAUUUAAGAUAUUUUACUCAUAAUCAAUAAAAUAUUCAGAGGCCAUACUUAAUAUAUUUGCUAGUCUGUACUCCAUUUUUAGAUAUAUUUUACUAAUCUACUGCGAAAUCUUAAGUCAAAGUUAUUCUUAUUAUAUAGCGAAAAUCAACAUUAAAUAUUACUUCAUAUUUAUCAUAAAAAAUAUUCACAGACUUUUUCACGUAAGUUUUUCUAAAUCCGAGUGUAAAAAUCAAAUGAAUUCAAACAAUGGUAAUGACCGUACAAAAACGUAAAGAGUGAAACGAUUCUAUUCACCUGUCACAAAUAAGCAAAUUACUUGAAAAAUGUCUGUGAAUAAAACACCGGUUUUCCCAAAUAAAACCCUAAAAUGUAAAAUAUAAUGAUGUAAGUAAUUGGAUUUCAAGAAUUAUUCCAUUAUGAAUUUCGACUUUUGAUAUUUGUAAAGCUUUCUCUAUACCGCCUUUUCUUAAGCUUGAGCUCUUUUAUCAAGGUAUAAGUCAAUCUGUAAAUUUUUAGACCUUUAAAUCAAUAAUUAAAAUAUUAAUAAAUAAAUUUUAACCCUUCAAUAUAGCAACAUAUAAGAUCUUGUAAAAAGUUUUACAGCAAGUGUAAAGUUUAGGAAUACAUUUAAUUAUUAGAUCUCUUUAUCCAGCAUUAAAAAAAGCGGUAUAGUUCUUUUGUAGAUAAAACAUGCAAAUACCACCGUAGGGUAGUAUGUAUUCAAAAUUUAUUGAUAUAUUGUAUAAAAUAAAAUAUAUUACUAUGAAA